AAUGUGCAUGCGCAAACUGAGGUGCGUGUGUCCAGCGGGGGACGGUUCGGUGUUAUUACAAACCACAAACUGCGAUCAAAUCUCUUCUAUGAUACACGGCGGUGAUGAAUCAAACCAGGAAUGGAUGAAGUUCAUGGACAUCAAGUGCUCACCUGACAUGUCAGCGUUUCUAUCAAGGACAGGAUGUCUAAAUGUGAGCUGAUUGAACUGAAAGACCUCAGUGUAAAUGAUCCAAUUGAGCUGGCUCCUCCUGCGACACGCAAAGUCCCACCGCCUGUAAACCCGGUUCAGCCAGGCCACUUCCAUGUCGUCCGUAUGGUUGGAGACAGCGUCACCAUCGAGGCACCCUGGUGUCAGACAAGAGAGGCGGCAGUGGGUCAUGACUUCCAGCCCUAUAGUUACACCCAUCUCACCUGGUGUGACCUGUGUGGAGAAUUCAUCUGGGGUGUUUAUAAGCAAAGUUUACGCUGUGCCAACUGCAGUUAUACUUGUCACUACCGCUGCCGACUGUUCAUCCAGCUGGACUGCAGCACAGAUGGAAGUUUGUUAGCAGACCAGGAAGAUUACUCAGUCGACUCCAUCGAGACAGACACAAAUGUGGAUGAACAGAUUGAUUUGGGUAAACGGAAGUUGACUGUCAGUGAGAUUCAACACAAGAUUAAGGAGUAUAAUGCACAGAUCAACACCAAUCUCAACAUGGUGAUUAAUAAAGACGGGUCUUACACUGGUUUCAUCAAAGUCCACUUCAGCUUAGUCCGUCCUAUCUCCCUGCCUCCACGUCAGAGUCUGUGCUCCACACAGGAGGAGAACCAGCACAGCAGGCAGAUAAAUCGGCGGACAUCUUUCUACCUCCCCAAAGAUACUGCCAAGCACCUGCAUAUAAGCUCCCAAACACGUGUGCGAGAAGUCAUCGAGGCGCUGCUGAACAAGUUCACAGUGGUGGACAACCCAGCUAAGUUUGCACUGUUUGAACGCACCGAGAGACAAAGUCAAGUGUACAUGCGUAAACUGUCCGAUGAUGAGUGCCCCCUCUACCUGCGUCUGUGUGCUGGCCCCAGUGAAAAAGUCUUGAGUCUGGUUUUGAAAGAGAAUGAGACAGGGGAAGUAAAUUGGGACGCAUUUAGUUUUCCUGAGCUGUGCAACUUUCUGCGAAUCCUGAAGCGUGAGGAAGAAGCGCAUGUACGGCAGAUUGUGAAGCGCUACACUCUUGCUAGAGACAUGAUGAAGCAGGCCAUCGCGAGGGUCUCUACCCCUGGUUGAAUCCAGCUGAUCCUCAUGUUUAACCAUGAGGAAGAACAUUCUGCCACUUUGAAUAGUACCAUUGAUCAGCAAUGUAAACGAGAAGGGAAUAGCUCAGAUGAUGAAAUGUUGUUUUUGAAGCAGGAAUACUGGUGUUACAUUUAAUAAACUAGUGUGCGAGCAGAGCCACUGCUGUCAUCUGAAUGGGGGGAAAUUUUAAUUAUUUUGGAAUUAACUGGAUGCCGUUCUUUCUUGAAAUAUCGUGCUGCUUGACUGGAUUAUUUAUAGUGGUAUUAAAAACACAAUUUUAGUCUUUCUGGUCUUUUAUUAUGUGAUAUUUAGUUUCAUUUAUAUCCUCUGGAAUUGUUUUUUAAAAUUUGGCACUUUAAUGAACCCGUGAUGUGAAUUUGGGCAAUUUAAAAUGUGAAACAAUGUGUUUACAUUC